GUCAAAGUUCACGUCAUGGCGGUGGUUGAAAGUUGACUCCGAGACAACACAUAUUUUGUUUGUUUAUCUCACUCCUCCGUCAGACUGAAAAAUGCCACCUCAGUAUGGGUGGAUCAUCCACUCACUGUCCAACUAUGAAGGCAGCAGCAGCAACAACUUCACCAACUGCAGCGAUGGUGUCCAGUGGGUGUGGGUGCUCAUGGCGGACUGUGUGCAUGACUGGAGGGGCCAGGCGUCGGCCGUCCUGGGCCUGCUCUCCAUGUUGCUGUGGAUGAUUGUGGGAAUACCUCAGAUGGUGAAGAACUGUCGGAACCUGAAUGGUGUGGCUGGCGUGUCCUUUUUUCUAUUGGCCCAGUGGUUUGCAGGUGAUGUCACGAACCUAGUGGGCUCCAUCCUUACCCACCAGCUGCAGAUUCAGGUGUAUGUUGCUAUAUACUACGUCGCUGCAGAUGUGGUUUUACUCAUGCAGUACGUUGCCUAUCUUUGCCACAAGCGGAAACUUACGGGUAAACAAGACGGGGAAAGCCUUGUACAGCCAGUGUUGUGUGUAUCAGGGCUGUUCAUGUUCAGCUCACUUGCCUUCUUCAAAAACAUCCUACCUCACUCCGUAACCACAGGCAACUACAUCUCGAACUUCGCAGUUACCCAUCAUGCAUCAGGCCGAAACCUGCUUGCUACAAAUGUUGGAAUGAAGGUGUUUUAUAACACAGUAGAUGAGACUGGGUAUGCCAUUGGUGUGGUCUCCUCUCUGUUGUAUAUCGGGUCAAGACUUGCUCAGAUAAUCAGAAAUUACAAUUUGAAGUCGACGGAAGGCUUGUCUAAGGUGAUGUUUGUGCUGGCUGUAUUUGGUAAUCUGGCUUAUGGCUUGGCCAUCAUAGUGCACUCAGUGGAUGGUAUAUUCCUGAUCCGACACCUGCCGUGGAUUGUUGGGAGUCUGGGAGUUAUCUUUCUUGAUGUCGCUAUAUUAAUACAGUUUCAUUAUUAUGAACAGAGGAACUUUGACUCCUUGUCCAGGGCACCUCUUGUUGUGGAUCAAGUCAUCAAUGUCGACCCAACCUCCUUUAACUGAAGAGUAGCCUUGACCCAGCGACCUGAUGACCUUGAUUCAAAGUGACUAGUGUCCUUCACUCAAAAUGACCUUGACACAAGUAUCAAAAGUUCAGUUGCGAGAACCUGGCGACUGUCACUUAAAUGACUUGAUGACUCAGAGUGAAUUAUGUGAAGAAUAUGUCACCAUGGUAACAUUUGAUUGUUUCCUUGUACAAAAACUGUUUGAAGCAGUUUGUUGUCCAUGACUUUAUAUAAUCGUGUUCUUGCUCUCUCAUUUCUGGUGUGGUCAUAGCCUGUCAUUUAUCAGAUCUGUUAUCUUUCGUCAAGCAAGACAUGACAGUCACUGCCCAAUAUCACAUCACGGAUUUGUUAUGAUUUUGUAUAAUAAUUAUAUUUUGUUAAGUCUUAUAUAGUACUCAAAACAAGUUAAAUAAUUCACACAAUUGAAAUAUCCACCUGCCUCAACAGAUUAACUGCAGUCAUGUAAAAAAGUCGGAUUAGCUUUAACUUCUUUUGAGUUGUAUAAAUGAAUAUUGUCACUACCGUAUUCGACGUAAUAAGCGCCCCGCUCUAAUAAGCGCCCACGGCGAUAUUUGCUAAUAUAUUGGCUCGUGAACAAUCCCAAUUA